CUCCCCACCCCGUCCCCCCCUCCGCCCGCGUCCUUUAUGAGCGAGGAAAGCCUGCCGCGGUUUAAACGUGGAGGAAAGGACACGCAGAAAGGGGGACGCCGCUAUUGUUACUCCUGAGACAUUUAGCAACCCGACGACAUUUUUUUUGUUUGUAUUUCGCCCCCAGCAAAGGAAGGACUGUUCUUCUUCCGGCUGAAGAAGUGUCGCGUGAAGUCUGCAGUCCAUCUCUCCAAUAUAACCAGAAACGUCAGGGAAUGAAACCGGAUGGGGUUACCAUGGACACCACAGAUGCCACAGAGCCCACUGAAGGUGCAGCAAUUGCAGAGCCCUCCGUGUCGCAGGACCAGCCAAUACAGCGAGCUGCAAUGCCACCAGAGCCAGCUGAGAAUGAUGUUGCACCUGAGGCUACUACAAAGACCAAUGGCAAGCCAGAAGGAGCAGACCCCAAAGUCAAACCACAAGCUGUUGCAUCUAAAAUGCAAGCCGUGACAAAAGUGUCCUCCAGAUCCAAGUCUCAGCCAAGUACUGCUGCUUCAUAUCGCCAUGUAAAUAACACCCAUUCGUCUACCAACAAUUCAUCAAAGACCACCUCAGGCGAUAAAACCGCACCAAAAUCGUUAGUAGCAGGGGCUGUGCCCAGAAGACCAGUGGGUGUUGCAGCUGUUUCACUCACUGUCAAGGCUCCAAACAAGGGGACCAGUAAAAGACACACAGAAGCUGAACAAUUGAGGGCUACAUCAAGUGCUGCUGCCUCAGUAACCAACGGUACCAAACACACAACACUCAACAAGAGACUGGCUGCUGAAAAUGAUAGAGCCGUCCGAACCAAAGCCUCAGUUACUGCUGGCCGAUCAGCUGGAUCUUCUGCCCCAAAACCAAGCACUAAUACUGCAUCCAAAGCUGAGGAUGGUGCCAUUCCAAAGACCAAAAGGCCUGCUACAGCCCCUUCAACAUCUCAGGCAGCAGCAUCUGCAUCCAGGCACGGUAGCAUGGCCGCAGCCAGACUGGCCAAUACAGCAACAUCUCCCUCAGGAUCACGCACAGCAUCAUCUACAACCAGGGUGGGCAACAAUGUAGCAUCCAGGCCGCUUAGCAGUUCCGGCGCAUCUAGAGCUGCAUCGAGAGUUACCACAGCGCCCUCUACUGGCAGGACCACUGCAACACAGCCUCACUCAUCAGCUGCUGCCAAGAAAGAUGUUGGUCAACCCUUUUCCGCUGCAAAAAGGCCAGCUGCUGCUAAAAAACCUGAACCCUCCAAACCUACAACCACCGGAAAGCGCACAUCUGCCCCCAAAUGGUCCGCUGUGCCCAAAAAAGCAGAUCCCAAGGUGUGUCAGACUAAAGUUCAACAUGCAAAACCUAGUGCAACAAAGAAUCCUGGUGUAGCUGCUCCAAAGUUUCAAGCAGCCAGCAAUCGUCCCUUGGCAAGAACUCCACCUGGCUUUCCCGCCAACAAAUCCACAAACAGAGGCACCAUGCUGUCAAAACAUGGAAACAAACCCACUCAGGCGGUGUCUCCUUUCCCUGCCGUCAGAAAGACGAAAGCUUCAAACUGUGCUCCUUCUGGACAGGGAAAGCCUGGCACUGAUAGAGCGGUGCAACCUGCUAGACAAGAACCAGUAAACAUGCGUUCAUAUGCGACUUUACCUCCAACACCACCUGCAGCUGUUCCUCUGCCAGAGGAAGUCCUGCCCCAAACCUCAGCUGAGGACUCCACACCAGCGGAGCGCCCUGAUGUGACGGCUCAGAGUAUUCCAGCUGCUUCUUCUCCUCCACGCAGCCUUGUCGCUACAGACUUGCCCGAAGUCUCUCAGCCUGAGGAACAACGCAAAAGCGAUUCUCAAUUAUCACAGCCAGAGCAGGUCUCACCCCCUGUGGAGGUUCCACCACCACCAGAGACCAGCAAUGAGCCUCUUGAAGCGUUGGCAGACCCAAAGCCCGCCAUGUCUGAAGCUUUGUCAACAGCUGCAAAGUCGGUCCCUUCACUGUUAACUCUGAACUAUGAGGAAGAUGAAGAAGAAAAGGAGGCAAGCCAGCCGGUUUCUGUUUCUGAAAUGAGCGGCACUACUCAGCCCACAGAGGAUUCACGUCCCGGAUCAGCAGGACUAGCAGGAGGCUCUACUUGGAAGGCAAGUGGCGCAUUCUUUUCUGAGCUGGACUCUCUGAGCGGUAGCCAGCAGGGAGCGUCAGAGUUUAGCGCUCCAGGCGUCUUGGAGGGCACUGAGAGUAUAGAUGAUCUUGGAGAUGGUAGCCUUAAAGGAGCCAUAGACAUGGAAGGAGCCUCUGUGAGCUCACCUGACUUAGAGAAGGUUCCUGACAUACCCGUGAACGACUUUGAGGAGGAUGACGAUGACGACGAUAGAGUGUGCGACAUGGACGUGGGCUCGGAGCGCACGGACGAGCUGCAGAGACUCCGGCAUGACAACGAUGUGGAUGACGAGGAGGAUGAGGACGUGGAGAUGGCAAGCGAAGGGGUAACUGAGAGUGGUCUGGAAAGCUAUGGGAACGCCGAUGAAGAUGACUUUGCGGAGGAUGAAAGGCUGGACAACUUGAACAGGUUGGCCCAGAUCCCUCCCCCUCCUCAGCUACCUUCGGCCCCAGGUGCUCAGUGGGACCAACCCAACCCGUUUGCAGAUCCCUGGGCAGAACAUGUUCAACCGCAGCAGAUCCCUGAAGCCGUCUCUCAGCCUAACCGUGUGGAAGCUGCAGUCAGCCCUUUGGUAGACCCAUUGCAAGAAGACUCAGAAACCCCGUCCCAAUCUCCAGCUCAGGCCUGGCUGGAAAUAAGUUCUGAUCCUUGUGUUCCUGAAAACCCAGAAGCUCCUAUUCAUUCCUCUGAGAAGAAUGAAGGCCAUCAGGGUGUUGCGCCCCUGCAUGCUCUGCCUCCACUACCUGCAGCCAUAGUGAGCAGUGAAAUCGGACCUCCAGAGGAACCCCAACGUCAAGAGACACAGCUUCUGGUGACCUCUCCCCAGCCGGAUCUGGUGGACAGGAGACACCAGCAGAUCAAGGCACAGACCAUGCCAGCAGAUGAAAUUCUACGAGGGGUGGUAACUGCGCUCACUUCCAACCCUUCCUCUACCUCCGUAACAGAAGAUGAAGCCAGUGACACAGAAGGGGAAGCGCUACUGGACGAUUCCUUAGAGACUCCAGCCGGCUUUCAACAGAACCUAACCUUUGAGAGCCAGCCUAAAGCCCAACGUUGCCUCACCACCGUAGAAGAAGCGGAGGAAUCUGAGACGGCCGGUUUGACGGACGACGCCACGCCGCCUUCAGCUACCUCGCUGGCAUCCUAUGGCUUCGACUCCGUGACCACAGCCUCCAACGCGCUGUCCACAGGCGAGAGCUGCAUCAAGAGCCCCGGCAUCUUCUCUCUGGAGGAGCUGCCCGAGGAAUUCAAAGAACCGUCUCAUCCCACCCAGCCCAGCCUCGCGGAGCAGCAGUACAUCAAGUCCAGUAAACAGGAAGCGGAAUCCACUGAGGAAGUGCCUGCUCCCUCACCAACUCGGAGCUCUUUGGAGCCAUCGGAAGAAACGGCAGAAGACGUCCAUCCUCCGUACUAUUCUGCUAUCUGUGAAAAGACUGACAUCUCUUUUGCAGGCCUCACCGCGCCAUCUCAUCGCCGCCAUCACAUGGCACACGCCAGACCUCACGCCGAAUCUCACAUCACGCUUCCGCGUCUGACCUGCGCCGACCUCCCGCCGAGGAGCAGCGGGCAGCAGGCGCUCAGCCCCCAGCUUCGCCGGCUGGAGCAGCACCAGAAGCAGCUGCUGGAGAUGCAGCAGCGCAGGGAGCAGCAGAGCAGACCGCUUGAGGGAGCCGAGCUGGAGAGGAAGAGCAGGGAGGAGGAGGAGCAGAGGAGGAAAAAAGACGAGGCGGAGGAGGAGAUAAAAAGGAACAAGGCACGGGAAGAGAUGGAGGAGGAUGAGGAGGAGAAGAAGAGGAAGGAACUGGAGUUGCAGCUGCAGCAGCAACAAGACGAGCUGAAGCAAAGGCAGCAGAUCAUGCAGUGGCAGCAAGAACUGGAGCAGUCGUCUAAAAGUCAGACUGUGGUCCUGUCCCCUUCCUCGGGCCUGUGCACCAUCUACGAAGCUCUGGAGAACAGCGAUGAAGAUGACGGUGAGGAUGAACUUCUGGAACUAAAGAGAGAAGAAAGGGUGGAUGGCAACACUUGUACUGACUAUCAAAGAAGGAUGACAUCAAACGGCGACCACCCAGACUUACCCCAAACAGGCACCCUCUCCCACAACGGAGACCACUUGUCACCUUGCCCGCCUGACUCCCCCGAGCGCCCGCCCCCGUUGGACCUGGACUGGGGCAAGAAAGUGGACAUUGUGCAGCAGCUGAUCAAUCAGACUUUACUGCUGAACAGAGACGGCUGCUCCUCCCUGCUGCUGCUGCCAGGUGGUGCCGGAGGGACCCUGAGCCCCCUGGAGAGCAGCCUGUGGCCCAGCCUCCUGCCUCCCAUCACCCCACCGUCGGCCACCGUCACCUCUGUGAGUAGUUUCUCCCCAGAAACUGCCGGAAGCUCCCCGCAGGGGGACUGGACCGUAGUGGAGCUGGAGACGCAUCACUAGUAUGUGGUUCUCAAGUAUCCUGAAUCUUGGUGCUGUAGAUUUGAAGACAAAAUACUCAACAAACAUGGCUUCAAAUCCAAUGUCCACACACUGAACACAUUAAGUACACCUGCACCAGCUAAUGGGACCCAACAAGCUUUUUUUCAUAUUUACAAAAAUACACACGCAAUUAUUGUUAAUUAAUGUCCCCUUUAUAAUUUUAAUGUUCUCAUUUAUCAUGCAAGUGUAAAAAGAACAUUCAUUCAGUUUCUAUGAGGGUCGCAGGGGGUGCUGGAGCCUAUCCCAGCUGUCUUCGGGCAAGAGGCAGGGUACACCCUGGACCGGUCGCCAGCCAAUCACAGGGCACAUAUAGACAAACAACCAUUCACACUCACAUUCAUACCUAUGGACAAUUUGGAGUUUAACCUAACUCCAAUUAACCUAACCUGGGAUUGAACUCAGGUCUCCUAGCUCUGAGUUCUGCGCGCUAACCACUCGACCGCCGUGCAGCCCGUAAAAAGAACAUAAGUAUAGUGCAAGUAUUGCGGCAGCGCUGGACGUCCUUGAAUACAAGUUGCAUUACCUAAUAUCAUUUUUGGUGUAUAUUCUUCUGAUGUUAAGCCUCGAAACAGGCCUUAUUGAGGCUGCACAAAAGCCUAAAGUGAAAAGGAACACUGCUCAAAAAAUAAAGGGAAUACCAAAAUAACACCUGAGAUCUAAAUUAAAUCUAUAUAAAUACAGAUAGAGUUCCAAGUCUUUUUUAAAAAAUGUAAUUAUUAUGGUUCAGGAAUUGAUUGUUUUUAUCUUUAACGGCAACUGUUUCAGGCAUUGGAUCUCAGUCAACGUGUGCAGGUGUACAUAAUGCUGUAUUAUGCACAAUAGUGGAGAAUCAGGUGGACUGAUCCCUUUAUUCCAGAUCUCUGAGCCAUGGAAGCACACUAAUGGAAGUUUGUUGGAAAGUUCCAUUCUUGGAGGGAUUCACCAUCUAUUUCAAGUAGUAUACACUGGAGAUGACACAAAGGAACUUUUUGUUUGACAUGCAACAUUGCAAGCAUCGACUUGCACUACCCCCCCCCCCCUCCCCCCCACACCACCAAAGGUCAAUAUGACUGUGUGUGUUUGAAUGUAAUGUAUACAGUGUUCCCUCGUUCACAUUUUGCAGUGUUUUUGUAGCACUUCUUUGCAUAUGAAUUGAACUGCCCGUUUAAAAAGCAUUGAAUUGUGGGGAGAUGAGUCUCUUCCCUAUGUUGGCUUUCUGCGUCCCGAUUGGCUGUCGACUAUUGUCAAUCAGUCUCCUUAGCGCUACCCUGCCGUGGCUCCUGCCUGUGUCACAGCUAGCUUGUAAAUGUUUGAAGGAGGCGGACGGCAACAGGACAACUACUGCAACAGUAUGUUUUAACAAGGAUACAAAAACUCUACAGUACAGCGAAACAGGAGGGGAUAAAAUAUACGUGAGUGACUUAAUUUGUUGUCGGACAUGGAGGUUUGAGAGCGUUUAAACAAUAGAUGUAAACAAGACAGAGAAAAGUGCAGAAAGCGUAAAGUGAGGGCCCUACAUUGGGAACUUAUCCCUGUGAUAAACUUGGGAACGCUGUAUAUGAUAUGAAGUAUUUCCCUUUGAUGCAUUUCAACCAGGCACUAGUUGGUUUUUAAUUGCUUAUUUGUGUCCAUAAACAUACUAGGGAGUUAAAUGCUGCUGACAAAAGUGAUCUUGAUGUUAUUGGAGUUCUUUUCUAUUGUCAUUGCGAUGGCUGCCUUCACCACUGUAGAUUGAUUACCAUGUUUAGAUUAUGCAAUGAUGACAUAACUCUCCUGUGAUUGAGUGGCGACCCUGGGAUAGGCUCCAGUUCACCCUCGACCCUAAUCAGUACAAGUGGUAUAGAAUAUAAAUGAAUUAGCUCAUUUAGAACACAUAUAUAGAAGGAACAGUCCAUAUAAGGCAAGGUGGUGUCUAUCCAGGUGUACAAUUUUGCUGUUGCAAACAGAGUAGUUUUUAAAGGUUUUAUUUGUAUUAAAUUUGUAAUUACAAAAGGUCAGAAUAUUGGAAAAGUCUAGCAUUUUACACAAAAUGAUCAUUCUGCAAGGGAGUACAGCUGUUUAAAGAGUAGUUCCCAAAGUUUUCAGCAUUUGACCUGAAGCCAUGCUGUUCAUAUCGUGAGGCGUUCAAGCGCACUACGUAACUUGCAGACACCAACGUAAUCACAUUUUUUAUUUUUGAUUUUAUUCACCUAGGUUGUAAAAGAUGUCAUUUUAUAAGAUGUGAAAUCGGGAACUCAGAAAGGAAGUACAACAAAUGUAUAAUAUUUCAAGAAAAACAUGAAUUCUGGAAUCAAGUGAUAAUAGUUCUCUCUUUUUGGGAAUCCAGUGUUUUGCUCAUUCAUUCUGAAAAAUGUACUUUAGAUGCAAUAUGAAUGUUUUUUUUUUAAAUCAGCUUUGAUCUCAUAUCAUUACGUUUUCUUACAAUAUUAUGACUUUAUUUACAUGAAUUGACAUAAUACAUCAUAAUGUCAUAAUACAUCUUUCUAAAAUGAAGCUUGUUGGACUUUGGCAAAGGUUUUGUGAUCCAUCUGUGUCCCAAGUUAUGUGUCUGCCGUGUUUGGUAGUCAGUGUGCUGGUGAAAGGUCCUUUUAUAAAUAUAAAAACGAAGACGGCCUAAUAUGACUAAUAUAUCCAAUAUGACUUUAUAAACACUAAAUGGUCCCAAAACUCUAAAUGUAUAGUUGUAGUCCACCACACUGUAGCCCAUCUGACAUCCUGUGGAUUUUCAAAUGCCUUUGGUAGUGGAGGAUUUUGUGCUUUUUGUGCAGUUACUCUACCCAGUGAGUCAGUUUAUAUUUAUGGUCAUUAAGUUAAUCCCAAGAAGACACAAUUUUAUCUCUAAAGUACUGAUCUUCCAAAUGAACAGUUUUGUAUCAGCAAUGAUGUGUAGCAGCUUAGAAUCAAGCUUUGUUUUACGAUUGCAUUCCAGCACAUUUGAAUGCAUAUCAGGGCUAGAUUUAUUUAUUUUGUAUCAUUUAAAGAGUGAUUGGUUACUUCAAUGAAGGAGAAAAUAAGGUUUAAAUUGUUGGGUUGUCUGUAAAUGUAUAUUUCUGUUUUUUAUGAACUAGAAUGAAGAAUGUAAGGUGUUAUUGUUUGUUUUUGUGGGGAAAUUGCCUUUUUUUCCCCUCCGAUCAUGAAGUUAAUCUCUGCAACAUUUGCUAAAUAAUCAUCUGAAUUGGAGGAUGAUGUGUUGUAAUGUAAACCGUAUGCUUAAAAAUAACAGGGCAUUGGGCUGCAUGUAUUUUUCAUUAUUCUGAAGGCUGUAAAUCUGUUGUGUGUAAUUAUUUCAACAUGGUUUGAUGUAAAUAAAUGUUU